GACUUACAAGGCUACGAUGGGUCGACCCGUCUAGCAGCACAGCACCGUGCCGCCGUCCCCGUCCUCGUCCUCACGGCACGGCAGCUGCGAGCCGCCGUCCGCCACCGGCGCGCCAUCAUCGGCUGGAGCAGAACAGCCAGGCUGCUCGAAGCCCCCCAUGGCCGCGCCGCUCUCCUCCGCCUCCACCCCGGCCCAGGCCCCGGUCUCCUUUGGCGAGAGGUGGCCGCCGAAGUAUUCGGCCAGGACCACCAGAGGAAAAUUUGCAGUGACGGCCAUUUCCCUGGAUGAUUAUCUUCCAAUGCGAAGUAGUGAAGUGAAGAAUCGGACAUCAACAGGUGAUAUCACUAGCCUCAGAGUGAUAACAGCGGUCAAAACCCCUUAUCUUCCAGAUGGAAGAUUUGAUCUUGAAGCAUAUGAUUCACUGAUAAACAUGCAGAUAGAUGGUGGUUCUGAAGGUGUAAUAGUUGGAGGAACAACAGGAGAGGGCCACCUUAUGAGCUGGGAUGAACACAUCAUGCUUAUUGGGCACACUGUUAACUGCUUUGGUACUAAAAUUAAAGUGGUUGGCAACACAGGAAGUAACUCAACAAGAGAGGCUGUUCACGCGACAGAGCAGGGAUUUGCUGUAGGUAUGCACGCAGCUCUCCACAUCAAUCCUUACUACGGGAAGACCUCUAUCGAAGGGAUGAUAUCUCAUUUUGAGGCAGUUCUCCCAAUGGGUCCAACCAUCAUUUACAAUGUGCCAUCCAGGACUGGCCAGGAUAUUCCUCCUGCUGUUAUUGAGGCUAUUUCAAGUUUUUCAAACAUGGCAGGUGUGAAAGAAUGCGUUGGACAUGAGAGGGUUAAGUGCUACACUGACAAAGGUAUAACCAUAUGGAGUGGUAAUGAUGAUGAAUGUCAUGAUUCUAGGUGGAAGUAUGGUGCAACUGGAGUCAUUUCUGUAGCUAGCAACCUUAUUCCUGGUCUCAUGCGCAAGCUCAUGUACGAAGGGGAGAAUCCAGUGCUGAAUGAUAAGGUAGUGCCUCUGAUGAAAUGGUUGUUUUGCCAGCCAAACCCGAUUGCUCUCAACACUGCCCUGGCUCAGCUUGGAGUGGUAAGGCCCGUUUUCAGAUUACCAUAUGUACCUCUCCCACUUGAAAAGAGAGUUGAGUUCGUACGAAUCGUCGAAUCUGUUGGACGGGAAAAUUUUGUGGGUCAGAAAGAGGCACGGGUUCUUGAUGAUGAUGAUUUUGUGUUGAUCAGUAGGUAUUAAUACAUGAGUUAUGUACGUUGACGACUAGUUAAUGCCGUUAAUGCCGCAGUGUGAUAAUCUGCAAUCUACCUUAUCUCAGUACUUUUUCAUUUUCACCAUGCUUGAUUGGUUUUAUACUUAAUCGCGAAUCAAAAUAUGGCUUAUGUGUACCAUAAAUAAUCUCAGAAAUCAUGUACAUCUCAUCAUCCUUGUUCAUAAAUGUUAUUCCUUUUAGCUAUAUCUUGGACCAUUUAUACAUGCACCAAAUAUUGGUUCUGAUUU